UUAAGUGAGUAGAACCAUCGCAAAUAUACUGAUGUCCUAAUUACAGUGUGCUGCUGUACACAUGCAUUUUUUUUUUUUUCAUGCACCAUUUUGUACCCAUUUUUCAAAUAUUCCAGAUGUUUGGGAGGAACGAGGAGAAAGUCAAGUCAAGUCAAUAAUGUACAAUCAGAAUGAUUUUGUAAAUUAAUAUUUCAAGGUAAACGCUUACAGUUGGUUUAGUUUUACCUUUGUGGUAGUUUGAUUACACGUAACGAGCUCAAAAGCAAUCCAGGACAUUAUCUUUUAACCUAAGGUGAGAUUCGUAUGUGCAUUUUUUUUUUUUUAUCAGAAUGAUAGCACACUGGCUGUUUAAAAUCAAAUGAAAUAAGUAUAAACUAAAUCCAUCUUUGGACUAAUGUAGCAAGAUUUCCAACACUACUGUACACACAAUAUUCAGUAGGAAUUUUAUUGAAAACGAUUUACAAAUAAAUUAGCAAAUAAAGAUAAUUUACGAUAAUUUAAUUUAAUUUAUAACGGUGGGGGUGGCUUCCAAAACACAUUGGCCUUUGACAAAAAAUAUAUUUUAUGUUUUGCACAUUAAAGAAAGUAGGCUAAUUUGUAAAGAAUAUAAACUGAUCAGAUUUUUAAGUAGUCCUAUGGUUUAACCCAUAUAUUUUUGAGUAAUAUAUUUUGGUAAUAUAUACCAAACUAUAGUGACUAAAUAUCUAUCUUUUGAAAGCAUCAUCCAAACUUCACAAAACUUGGUACGAUUAAGCAACAGGAUAUUUUGAUGAAAGAGCCAUUUUUUUUAAAAACAUUUCUUUCAAAUGUGAAUAACCGACAAGGGCCUGAAUUCAUUCAUGAAAUAAGUUUUUAAGACGUUUGAUUAAAACUUGCAAUUAAAUUGCCAUUGAAACACGCGGUUGAGAUUGAGCAGAAGGAUUUUUAGCUAAAGUUCUGUAAGCCGCCAUACAGAAAGUGAAUCUUUUAUUUUCAGUUUAUUGCAGUUCACAUAACAGCAUCAUGUUGCCUGGAGCAAACAAGCACAGUACUAACAACAGCCAACAGACCAGACAACACAAUCCCAUCCUCUGUUCCAUUCAGCUGCUGAAGAGCCCACACAGCUCUUCCCCUGCUUCCUCCUCAAGCUCGGUUGAAUCGGAGCAGUCUGUACCAUCAUUUGGUCUUCCACAGCCACAGAAACAUUUCAGAUGACUUAAACGCAUCAGGAAGGAAGAUUUGUAUGCUAUCAUCUUGGCUGCUGCUGCAUAUAUCUUAGUUUCAUGUGUAGGGACAUUCAGAAAAACUUGGAAUCCGGGAAAGAUGGCCGCAUGGUUCUGGGACCUGGAUUAUGCUACAACUCCUCCACAGACACCAGCUCUACACAUCAGCCAUUCUAGCCCUGUGAGUUUCUACGAUCGUUCUCGGUGUAGCUCUCCCAUGCAAGACAGUUUAGACUGGCCUUCAAGUGAGCAAGUGGAGCUGACGAGAUUAAACCCCUCCAGAACUAAAGAAGGAGAAUGGCAUAUGGUAACAGCCACUCGCUCAUUGCUUGGCAGGGAAAGAAGAGGCCAAAGGGAGGGUUUACAGGACCAGCAGAGAGUGCCUUACAACAGCCUGCCAAGAGCGCAUUUCCUCCAGCCAAAUAGAGAAUCAAGUGCUUUUUCACCCUAUGCUAAUGACUUCUGCUUGAAUGGUAGAGAUGCCAAGAACAUUGCUGAGUCCCCCAGGAGCGGUCGUAAGCUGCACCCGCUGACACAGCCGGGCUUCUACAGUCCAAAAAUCCCACGAUCAAAACACUGUGAAGCUGCACAGUCCACAAAAACGUCUUUAAAAGGAUCUUCUUCUACGAACAACUUGAAGGAGUUCUUUGCUCUCUCUUUGCCUCUUCCGUGCUCCAAAACAGCUGUCCUUGAAGCCAGCCCUUUGUGUUCCAAACCACAAAAAGUUAAAACUUUUGUGGUGGAAAAGCCGCCUUUGAUGAGAGCUGUGGUUUCGCAAACUUCGCCGACCUCAAAUCCACCUGACAAAGAGCUCUUCAGCCACCUCCAGCCGAGAGAGGAACAUCUCAUCAAGCGCCAGGACUGCAGUUUGUUCAGUCUGCAGGAACCCAAUAGGAGAUCUCUCAGAAACGACCAGCCUGUCUGGAGUCAGAGUCAGAAUUUGUUCACUGAGGAAAUUUCUACCAAGGAUCGUCUCUCUAUUAACACAUUACAUCUGUUCCCUGAACGCCAGUUUAUAGCAAACCAGCCUGCGACCCUUUGUCCAGAACUGGAAAAGGGAAGUCAUGAGAGAUUUACCUGGAGUGUUGACACUGACAUUAACUUAUCUCAAGGUGACCCUGACCGGUCAGGUCAACUUAAAGCCAGCCAAGCUAAACAUGACUGCAACCCAAAACAAAAGAAGACACCGUACACACAACAUAGAGAAACCAGUGACGUCAGAAACAAUGAACACAACCGUGUAAAAAGUCAGGUGGAUGUGAGCUCAAGGAAUGUGUUUGGUCAGCCUCGGGUGAUUGCAUCACUGCGAGCAGCAUGUUCCCCGCGGCCCGUUCGCAAGAGCUCAGUGGUGGAGGAACUGAAAAAACUCAUUGUGAUGGAUGACACAGAGGACAGCGCUCGGGGCGAUUCAUCAUCUCCUCAACAAAAAGAGGCAAGGCUUUGCAGCGGUUCGCAAAUGUCAAGUUCAUGCGCAAGUUCGCCGUUAUUCGGUCAAGCUCACCAAUCAUACCCAGAGUCUCCCCAGCUCACACCCAUCCAUCUCCACCAGCAAACACAUCAAACAGAAUGCGUAGCAUUGCCUGAGCAAGCUGAAUCUGACCUUUGGGACGGAGAUCAACAUGCUGAUCCUGAACUCUUGCCCCUGCCAGACGCAGCUUGUGAUCUAGACUGGAAUAGUUUAGUUCAAGCAGCCCAAGAAUAUGAGACACAAAGGAUGGCAACCCUUUUGUCAGAAAUGAGUCCCGUAUCAAGCAGACCAGACACACCAUCCAAUGGAACCUACAAGAUCCACCAAUCCAGUGCCUACUGCAGUGGAGAAGAUAUGGACAGUGAUAUAUUUAUUGACUUUCCUGACCAACUCUCUCACCUGGAAGGGAUGCUUAGGCGACUGAGCAGUGAUCUGCUGAAGGAGAAGAGAGACAAGGUGGCUCUUCUGGCAGAGGUGUUGAAGCUUCGCAUUAGCAACCAGCAUCUAAGAGAAGAGUCCCUUUGUGCAGUUGCCCAGCUACACAAAAUCAGCAAAAUUUUAAACACGACACCUGGAGAGAUGGAGUAAUGCAGGGUUGCGAGCAAAGUCUACAAGUCUGGAUAUCUGCUUUUUUUCUUUUUUUGCGCUGAUUUGGGAGGUAAAAGUCUGCAGAACGGAUGUAAACGUGUAAAGACGUGAUACAUGAAGCUAUUGCUGACUGAACGUUUUGUCAAAUUUAUCCAAACUAUGUAAUGAACAAACGCGUUUAGGGGCGGAGGUUACGUAGUAACGCAUGAAGCAGCCUGCAAAUGACAAUGUUUGAGUUCUUUCGAACCUUUAACUGGUGCAGCUUGAAAACCCAAACAAACUGAACUCAUUUAAGGUUUAUUAACAGCACAGCACAAACCAGAACAACUUUCAUGAGGUUGGUAAUUCUCUUGGGAAACAUGUUAGGGGUCCUCCAAGGCUUGUACUGAAUAAUUUAAGACUAUAUAAAAAAAACUGAUAGAAAGCUUAAUAUUAACAUUAUAAUAAAUAUAUAAAUAUAUGAAGAUAGAUAACAGUUGCCAUUUGUUAUAAAUAAGUCAUAAAAAUCCAAAAGUUUAAUCUAACAAUGUAAAGUCACAGUGAAAAAUGCUGUAAACUCUAAAAUGUAAAUAUGCUCUAUGAUGUUAAAAAACAGUAGAACAAUAAAAAAUAUACUUAAAACACAAUAAAUUAGUUAUUUUAAAAUCCCUGAGAUGCAAUUGUGUUAAAUCACAACAGUGAUUAACCUUAAUAAAACUGUAUUGAACUAUACAGUGCAGUGGUUUAAACACUAAUAGUCUAUGUGGUUUGCUUCUCUUUCAAGCGUGUUCUCAGUGCAGUAUGUAUUCGAGAUGUGAAGACCUUCAUUUGACAGCUGCGUACUUGUCUCUAUAGGCCAGUAACAUGUGCAGUGGACUGGGCACAAAGCGUUCUGCCUUCAUUUCUGCCUCGUGUUUUUGAGCGCGUACAUUGCGGUUCUGCUGGCAACUGAAGCUCCAGGCUUUCAAGCUAAAAGCAGAGAGAGGUUUAUGUAAAGUUUCAUUGCAACAGACAAGUCUGAAUGAAGGUUGGAGAAUACCUACCAGUACAAACGUCUCUCCUUCUUGGGCAAGAUGUGCCACAGACUGGCUAACUCUUUGGUGACCGUAGUGGACGGGAUGCCAGGAUAGGAUCUGUUCCGAAAUAACAUCAGAAGUCUGCCAUUAUAUAUUUGAAUAUAUUUAAAUGGGUCUAAUAGCUGUUUCAUCAUCGAAAGAAAAUAUGAAAUAAUACUCAUACACACCUGAUAUAUAAUUUUCUGUUAAUUCGGCAAAACAUAAUGAAGCCGUUCACACAUUUCUUCUUGGGGUUUGGCUUUGUCGCAACAUGUCCUCUUCUUGAAGUACGCCUGUGUGAACAGACUUUUCUUGCUCUCUUCAGAGGAGCCAGUUGGUUUGGGGUCUCAUCUUCGUAGCUGUUGUUCUCUUCCUCGCUCUUGAAGGACAGAUUGCUGCCGCUUCCAGCACUCAUGACAAUCUGCCAAUUUGGAGAAGAGAUCAUUAAAAUUGCUCGAAUCUAAUAUACAAUAGGGGUCCAAAAGUCAAUUAGCCAAAAUGCUUAUACUUUGUUUGUUUUGUAAAACAGUUUAACCCUCAAAGACCCAAGCAUUUUCACGAUGUAUUAUAUAUUCAAAAUGUCUUAAUGAAACCAUUUUUAGACAGAAUUUAAAUGUUGGUUGGUAUUUAGGGUUGCAAAUUUGGGUCUCUGAGGGUUAAUCUCGGAUUUUCAUUGGGAUCUGUAUAUGCAGGUAAAAAAAGAAUCCAAAAAUAUGGCCUACUGAUUCAUUUGAAAAGCCGCCCGGCAAACUGGGGCUUUUUAAGACGGUAGAUUCUGGGGUGACCCACACGUCCUCGAAUAAUGCUGUUAGGGUAAAAAAUAUUGUUCAGUCAGCAGUUGUUUGUAAUUUCACACGGUGCACAUUUGGCUCCAAGCUGAUUUUGCCUAACCUCCUAAGUUUUAAAUAAUACAUUAUUCAUAAAACAACUAAUGCAUCUAUUUAAUACAUACAUGAUCAGAAAACAGGUACAAAAGUUGUCAAUGAGGUGGUACCAUUUUAAAAGGCACUGAUAUGUACCAAUUUGGUGCAAAUAUGUACACUUGAUGUACUAAUAUGUAACUCACCAAAGAGUAAAUUAGGUACAAAGGUGUACUUUUUAAAGUGACAGCUUUUGUACCUUUUUAAUGAGAUUGUAGUAUACUUGCUAGUCUAUAAUUAGCAUCGAAUUAAGCAAAUAAUAUACAGUAUGCAUAGUUAUUUUUACUUUGUAGCGCCUCUCGUCCUUCUGGAUGGAGAGAACGGCUCAGGCCUUGAGAUGGUGAUAAGAUCAGAGAUGGGUUGAGGGUCAGGCUCUCUGCUUCCCGAAGAGUUGGACGCAAAGGCACUACUGGCGUUUUUGGCAGCGUUGGGCUGAAAGGAAAAUGCUUUUUCCAUGCAGCCGGAAAAGCUCCAAGCAUGGGGUCUUUCAGAAGAAUUCCUGAUCUGAAGACAUAGUAAAACAGCUACCUCUCAAGCUGUCAUUUCUCUGUUCAUAAUCAUAAAACAAAUAUUCAAUAUACAAACCUGGAUGGAGGCGUAUCCUGUAUAUUUCGCCCUGGGCUUCCAUCUUCACUUCCUGUCUGGUCUUCACAGAAACUACAACUAGAUUCAGCCUCAGUGCUCCCUGAUAACAAAAAUAACCCUGAGUAUCCUUUAAGUUUCGGAAUAUGGAUUUAAUUGAUAUCUAACCCCCAAAAAAGGCAAGAUUUUUUUUCACCUGUAUUGAAAGAGGAAGUUGUGGAGUUGGAGUCUAUAGAGCUUUGUGAUGGCUCGCUGUCAUCAACAGGCCACGAGUCCUUCUCCUCUGCAGUUUGAACUUCUGACAAACUGCUCUGUCUGUCACACACAAGCUUGUGUUCUUGCUCCUCCACGGCAUUUACGAUAAACCUCUCAGAGUUUUUGCUCUGUGGGUCCCCCUUUUUGUCACUUAAUCGUACUGUUUGUGAAUGUAUGUACGCAGUAGUGUAAGUGAAAAUAAAUACCGUUUU